GAACGAGAGAGGAGCAUCCUGGAGUGCUGGAUAGAAAGGAGGAUGUAAAUGAUGCAUUGAAUGCACCAUUUACAAUGGCAGAGAUGAAAAGGGCAAUAGGUAAGGCUGGUUUAACUUCACCUGGGAAAGAUGAGGUGUGCUUUGUUUUGUUGGCCCAUCUUAGUGAUGAGGCACUGGAUAAGGUUUUGGUUUUGUACAACACAGUGUGGGAGGGAGGCACGGAAGGACCCAACGAGGCCAACAAGUUAUCGGCCAAUAGCUUUAACAUCACAUGUAUGUAAUAUUAUGGAACAUAUGAUUACGGAGAGGGUAACUUACUUCCUGGAGAGCAGGGGACUGGUAUCGCCACAUCAGAGUGGGUUCAGGAAGGAAAGGGGGACUAUGGACCUAGUGCUCUGUUUAGAAGCAGAGGUCAGGAAGGCUCAGGUGAACAUGGAGACUGUUGUAACUGUCUUUUUUUGAUGUGCCUAUGAUAUUAUGUGGAAGGAGGGAUUGUUCAUCAAGCUUGAUAUUAUCAGGUAGGAGGAAGAACGUAAAGGAUUUCCUGUUUGGAAGGUCUAUCCAGGUGAGGGUAGGAAAGUCACUAUCAGGCAGCUACCUGGUGGAUAAUGGUACACCACAGGGGAGUGUGAUUAGUCCUCUGUCAUUCUCAAUCAUGAUCAAUGAUGUUUACUCUCAGGUACAGCCGGAUAUUGGGAGGUCGUUAUUUGCAGAUGUUGGGGCCUUAUGGAAGAGGGAAAGAAAUGUGCCAUACGUAGUCAGGAAGGUACAGGAAGCAAUUGAUGAAGUAGAGCGGUGGGCAUUAAUGUGGGGAUUCAGGUUCUCUGUAGAGAACUCAGUGUUCUUUACCAGGGUGAAGGUGGGAGAUGAGGUACGCUCGAAGUUAUAUAGGAGAAACUUGGAGAGGGUGGGGACCUUCAGGUUUCUUGGGGUAUACUUUGACACUAGACUGACCUGAGCAGAACACAUUGAGAGAGUGGUGGGAAAGUGUAAGGUGCUAAAUGUGAUGCGCUCUCUGAUGGGGAAGGAGUGGGGGGGAUGGGCGUUCUUCAUUGAGGACCAUGUAUGUUGCAUUGAUCCAAUCUAUAAUAGACUGUGGCAGCAUAGCGUAUGGUUCGAAAGCCCGACCUCAUUGGAAAGGCUAGAUAUCAUACAGGGAUAAGGACUCUAAUGUAAUGGGGCAUUUCAGAUGUCCACAGUGGCGGCACUAUAGGUGGCGAUGGGGGUUAUGACAUUGCAGAUUAGGCGACAGCAGCUGGCAAUUAAUUAUUGGGUCAACCUACAAGGACAUGUGGUGUCACAUCCUGCAAAAUGGAUUUUAUAGACAUGCUGGGAACAUGGGUGGGUAAUAUCCAGGCGAAGGAGAUGGAACUGUAUGGAAGGGAGUUUAGUCCAACGGUAGCUAUUCUUGUAAAUCCACCAUGGCUACUCCCGCCUCCAGUAGUUGAUCUAGAAGUGUAGAGAGACUACAGAAAGAUAUGGAGGGUGUUGAUCCAUCUGAUUUGUUUAAGAAACGUCUGGAAACUGUGUAUCAGGAUUUUGUGGCCAUUUACACAGAUGGCUCAAAAGACAUACCGGGUCAGCAUUUGUAGUGCAGGAACGUGGGGUGGAAGUCAGAAAACGUAUUACAGAUAAUCUGGCUGUAUAUACGGCGGAGCUGAUGGCCAUACCGUUGGCCUUGCAGUGGGUGGAGGAAGUCAAGCCAGACAGAGUAGUUAUUUGCUCUGAUUAAUGUGCAGUGUUAAUGAGUCUCCAGUCCUUUAGCUCAUGGAGCAGACAAGACCUGCUUUAUGAGGUGCUACAACCCCAUGGCAGGAUUAAACAGAUGGGUAUACAGAUAACAUUUAUUUGGGUCCCAGCCGAUGUGGGGGUGGAGGGGAACAAGGCAGUUGAUGUACUGGCUAAACAAGCACUUAGAAGUGGGGAUGUUGAUGUUGUAGUUUCAAUGAGCAAAAGGCAGAGGCAAAAGGCCUGAUAUGAACAGUGGUGCAGAGAGGGCAGGAGCAAUGGAAGAGAGAUACUAAGGGCAGGCAUUUAUUUCAAGUACAGAGGAAAGUCGGGGAGGACAGCAGGAAGGGACAGAAGAGAGGUGGCUAUUUUUACAAAUUAAGGGUGAAUAAGUUGAAUAAGUCCUUACAUGUGAUAGGACAGCAUCCAACAGGAAAGUGUGAUUAUUGCCAGGAAACAGAGACCGUGGAGCAUGUACUGCUACAGUGUGGGCAGUAUCAGAGGGAAAGAGAGAGGCUGAGAUCUAGUAUGAGGGAGAAGGGGAUAUAGGACAUUAGUUUAAAGAGUAUAUUGAGUAGAACGUCAUUAGAUGUAGUCUCAAAUAUUUUCUUUUUUUUAAAGAGCAACAGGGCUGGCAGGUAGGAUUUAGUUUCUCCCUGUCUCUGGCUCACACUACACUCUAGGACAGUAUGUGGUGGUAAUGCACCAUAAUGUUGGAUGCUAACCGCCGAUAAACCCCACCGAAGAAGAAGAAGCCACUAUACCAUAGAAGAAUAGUGCAUCUACAGAAUGUCUGUGAACGAGGAGCGCACUGUGACCGUACAGGAAAUUCUGGAAGACGAGGAGCUGCAAGAGGCGUAUGCUGUGUUGGCUGGAAGUGAUCCAGAUAAUUGUUCCUAUCCCCAGGGAUAUGUGAAGAGACAGGCUGUUUUUGCCUGCAACACUUGCACACCUAGAGGGGUAGAACCUGCUGGGCUCUGCCUUGCCUGCACCAACCAUUGCCAUGAUGGGCAUGACAUAUUUGAACUCUACACAAAAAGGAAUUUCCGCUGUGAUUGUGGAAACAGCAAGUUUGGUGUGUUUAGGUGCCAGCUGAGUCCUGGCAAAGACCGACAAAACGCAAAAAAUCAUUAUAAUCACAACUUCCAUGGCUGUUACUGUACCUGUGACAGACCUUACCCAGACACUGAAGAUCAGGUUAAUGAGGAUAUGAUUCAGUGCAUCAUCUGUGAGGACUGGUAUCAUCCCAGGCACCUGGGUUGUACAGUGGAAGACUCUGAGGAGCUGCAGGAGAUGGUGUGUGAGACCUGUAUGAACAAAGCCCCCUUCCUCUGGACAUACUCCACCCACAUUGCAGAACCUCCUGUGGUAAAAGUGAGCCCCUGUAAAUGGGAGGUUGAAGUCAACAAGGAGGAAGAUAAGGAGCCAGAGGACAAGAGGAGUGAUGAGCCCUGUAAGAAUGGGGGCGAGGGGUCCUCUACCAGCCCCAGCUGUCAAGAGAAGAAUGGGAGGACUGCCUGCAAACGGACUCACCAGGAGAUGACAGGCCUUCCUGUGAAGAGCCAGGACAAGACUGUGUAUUGCAGGCUGAGGGAGCUGAAGACACAGGGCCUGGAGAGAGCUAGGGAAGGGGCAGUGUUCUGGCCUUACCACUGGAGAGCCACGCUGUGCACCUGCGUCAGCUGCAAGAGGGCCUACGUCGAUGCGGGAGUGCAGUUCCUGCUGGAUGAGUCAGACACUGUCCUGGCCUAUGAGAACAGAGGCACUGUAGAGCAAGGACCUGCUAGUCUUGACAGUCUGCUCAUGUCAAGCCUGAGUACUCUGGACCGCGUGCAGCAACUGGAGAUUGUUUACCAGUUCAAUGAGAUGCAGACUGAACUGAUGACGUUCCUACGGCAGAUAGCUGAUGAAGGAAAGGUUGUCACAGCAGAGGCCAUCCACCAGUUCUUUGGGGAGCUGAUGUCCAGGAAGAGGCGGCAAAUGAACAGCUGAUGUCAUUCUGCCCCUCAGUGGCGUUGUCUACUUGUUUUUUAAUGUUACUUUGGGUUCAUAGCAAAACAGUUCGAUGUCCCUCAAACACCUUCUACUUUAAAUAAAAGAUGCUGUUGCUGAGGUUUGAAGUUGAA